UCCAAGACGUUUGAGACCUUCAACCGUCGGGUCGCCCAGACGAAGAUGCUCAGCAGCUUCGAGCGGGUGGAGCCACUGAUGCAGGAAAUGUUCAAUGACGAGACCUUUGCGCGUGGCGUGGAGCUCCAGGAUUUCCAGCUGGGCUUAAUUGUCGUCGAGCACACCGGA